CGGCAACCCACCACCCCCUGCAUUUCACCCGGCCGUCGCUGCAUCAUGGCAUCUCUGCAGCGCCGGACUUUCUUGUAGCGCAGGACGAGCCAUCCCAAGUUCUUCGUUUCCUCUAACUCCGUACAUUGCCUUGCACACCAACAGACUCGAGAGAUCCACCGCGGCGAUGAACGGCCACUUUGCGGCAGUCGGCGAUGGGCCGACUGCCAAGCAGUACGAGCACGGCAUCCAGGUCAUCGACGAGGACAAAGCAUUCAACACCAACCUCAAUGACUACCUCAACGAGACCCGCGUUGCCGAGGCCGGCUUCAACUAUCACCUGAUCUCCGUCUUCGGAUCGCAGUCGACGGGCAAGUCCACCCUUCUCAACCACCUGUUCAAGACCGAUUUCAGCGUCAUGUCCGAGUCGGCGCGCCGCCAGACGACCAAGGGAAUAUGGAUGGCCAAGAACAAGCGAGUCGGCGCCAACGGGGACGGGGCCGCCGUGGCCGACAACAUCCUCGUCAUGGACGUCGAGGGCACCGACGGUCGCGAGCGCGGCGAGGACCAGGACUUUGAGCGAAAGAGUGCCCUCUUUGCCCUGGCCACGAGCGAGGUCCUGAUCGUCAACAUCUGGGAGCACCAGGUCGGUCUGUAUCAGGGUGCAAACAUGGGUCUGCUGAAGACAGUGUUCGAGGUCAACCUGCAGCUGUUCCUGAAGGACCGGCAGUCCCAGACAAGGUCCCUCCUCUUCUUCGUCAUUCGCGACCACAUCGGCAACACGCCCCUGGCCAAUCUGCGCGACACUCUGAUCCAGGACCUUACCAGGAUCUGGUCCAGCAUUUCCAAGCCCCAGGGGCUCGAGAACUCCAAGAUUGAAGAUUACUUCGACUUUGCUUUCGCCGCCCUCCCGCACAAGAUCCUCCAGCCCGACAAGUUCAACGAGGAGGUCGACAAGCUCAGCACCCGUUUCACGGCCGGUCACCGCUCCGCCAAGGAUCAGGAAUUCGUCGGCGGCGUGUUCCUACCCGAGUACCACAGGAGGAUUCCCGCCGACGGGCUGUCCGUCUACGCCCAAGGCGUGUGGGACCAGAUCGUCAACAACAAGGACCUCGACCUUCCCACCCAGCAAGAACUCCUCGCACAGUUCCGCUGCGACGAGAUCUCGCGCGAAGUCCUCGUCGGGUUCGACACCGUCAUCAUUCCGCUCGAAGAGCAGCAGGCCGAGGCUGCCCGUCUCGGCAAGAACACCGUCCUGCCCGACCUUGGUGCCACUGGCGCCGGCGCCCGCGAGAAGUGCCUCAAGGCGUUCGAGACGCAAGCCAGCCGGUACCACAAGGGCGUGUACGGCACAAAGCGCGGGGAGCUCGAGGGCAAGAUUGACACGCGCCUCAAGACCCUGUACCAGACCCAGCUGUCGGCGGCGCACAAAAGCGGGGUGGCGGCGUUCAGCAACGCCGUCACCAACGUGGUCAAGGCCGGGCAGAAGGCCGGCGGCGCGUACGAGUUUGCCGAGAUCGUCGAGACACAGAAGAAGAAGGCUCUUGAAGUCUUCCGGAAGGAGGCACAGAGCCUCCUGAUCCAGGGCGUUGCGUGGACCAACUUCAAGCCGCAGUACCGGCUUUUCGAGAAGGAGCUCGACCAGGUCAGCGCGCGCCUGCGCAAGGAGGAGAUGAGGAGGCUGGCCAUCCGCGUCGAGAGGUGGGUCAAGUCUCGGCUUGGCGAUUCCAUCGGUCUCGAGUUCAACAAGCUCGGAUCCGGUAGGGGCGGGUCUGGCGCGCCCGAGGACGGCGAGAAGCCAGCGACCGAGAAGGAUCUCUGGGACCGGGUGUGGGGUGCUUUCCGCGGCAUCGUGGCCGAGGCCGAGACGCGCUUUACGGACCGUGCCAAGAGCUUCGAGGCGAGCCCGGAGGAAGUCGAGGUCGGCCUCUGGCGACUGAGACGCAAGAGUUGGGUGGCGCUCAGGGAGAAGAUCGAGGAGGAGAUGAUGGAGAGCAAUAUCCUCAUGAAGCUGCGCGAGAACUUUGAGGAAAAGUUCCGGUACGAUGAAGAGGGCGUGCCCCGGAUCUGGCGACCCACGGACGACAUCGAGGGUGUUUAUACCCGGGCCCGGGAAUCCACGUUGGGGUUGAUCCCGCUGUUGGCCAGGUUUCGACUGGCCGCCACGUACGCACCCCCGGACCUGCCGGGCUUUAUCGGCCCGCAGCCUGCCGGCGUCGACCCGGAGGACGAAGAGGAUCUCGUCCCCAUCGGCGGCGUGGACGAGGAGGAAGGAAAGAGUCUGGAAGAAGAGAUGACGGUGCUGAGCGAGAGCAAGCGGCAAGACUUGGUCGUUCGGUUCAAGAAGAUGGCCGAUGGUGUCUACGUGGAGGCCAAACGUAGUGCCAUUGGGGGCAUCACCCAGGUGCCUCUCUAUUUCUAUGUCAUCCUCCUCGUCCUCGGAUGGAACGAAAUUGUCAUGAUUCUGCGCAACCCCGUCCUCUUCAUGCUCAUCCUUAUCAUGGGCGGCGGGACCUACGUCGCCUACACGCUGAACCUUUUGGGUCCCAUGAUGCAGAUGGCCAACGCGGCGUCUAACCAGGCCGUCGAGAUCGGCAAGGAGAAGCUGCGCCAGUUGCUGGAGAGCAAUGAGACGGUCAGACAAGCCAUCGCAAUGCCAGCCAGCCAGCAGAGCAGCGGGAUCAACUUGGACAGGUUGGAUAGCCGGGGAAGGAGGGCGCAGUCGACGGAAGACGAAGACGAGAUCUAGACGAGAGUUGGAAGUGGAGCGAGACUGUUGUUCAUAUAGCUGUCCUGUCCUUUGGCUGUCCUUUUUCUCCUUUUUUUUUUUAUUCCGUAGAAGGUUGAAGCGAUUAUUGUCGA